AUGUGGGCUUCUGCAAGGCUCCUGUGUCUGUACGUUCUCAGUGCAACUGCUGAUGUAGACCCUUAUACGGGCCAUCCGUUGCAGUUCUACAAGGAAGUGCUAUAUCCUUGGAAUAUCAAAGAAGAGCCCGACGGCUGCAACGAAUCGAUUCCAUAUGUCAAUUAUACUUGGGAUUACUAUUUCGACUACCUCGUUAGCUCUGGUGCGACUAACUUACAGUUGGGUGGAUAUUCACUCAACGCAAAGAGCGAAAUCAAGUUGGACCCUCCCUUCUACGAUCCUUGGAACAAAACUGGUUUCAAAGCUCUGAGGAAACGAGUGGAUGCGGCCGGCGGAGUGAUAAUGGCCGAGUUGGGUAUAUAUCUCAACAAAACUUUCGACAAGGCUUCCUUCAUGGAGAGUGCCAAAGAGUUCGUGAAGGAAUAUCCUGUUGACGGUUUCAUUGUGGGCGAUCUCCCAUCGGAUUUCAGUGAAUACCCACUGCUGAAGGAACUUGUCGCGGCUAUUAAAGAACUCAACCUACGGGUGUCUUUAUGGUUCUCAACGCUCCACUGGCAGGAACUCAAACGAACCGGCCUAGGGAAGAUCGUCGAUAGUGCCAGUGUUAUACCGUGGCCAAGUUUCCAGAAAGAGUCCAUAGAAACCUUCAAUACGGAUCGUUUCGCUCAAGAUAUGAUCAAAGAUGUCGUCGAAGCUGGUGUAGAUCUCAAUAAGCUGAUCCUCACUAUACCACUACUCGCUAGGGCGACCUACUCUAGCUCGGACAGGGGAUACUCGAGUGCAAUCUACGAACUUGGUGCGGACCCCAGGGGAAACGGAUCGGUCGUCUUCUCGGAUGGGAGCGGCUGUUAUUUCUUCUCACAAACUCGUGCAAUCGAGAAGGUUGCCCUGGCCAAGAAGUCACGAGUCCCAAUAAUGGCACUGUUGGAGGACUUGAGCCGUCAAGUGAGCAUCAUCGAAACGAAGAGGGCUCCGGCCGAUGAGGAGAUGACAGCUGCUAUUGCUUCUCUCGAUUUACUGCUCAAAAAACAAGCCAAGAUUGAAACGACAAUGCGUACCACAGCGGAAGAGAUCGACGCCGACAGCGUCAAGCUGCACACCAGCAAACUUUGA